UGCUUUUUCACAGAUUCAGUUUACUAUUGCCCUUAUCAGCUUCGGAUUCUCUAGCAGAUCAAAGGCAUUCUGCCCUUCGAUUUAGCUGUGAUUUUGCUCCGGGAGAACGUCUCUAUUCCGAUUCGCAUCCGAAGAUGAAUGACGCCGAUGUAUCGAAGCAGAUCCAGCAGAUGGUCCGGUUCAUCCGGCAAGAAGCUGAGGAGAAGGCAAACGAGAUCUCCGUGUCUGCAGAAGAAGAAUUCAACAUUGAGAAGCUGCAGUUAGUGGAAGCUGAGAAGAAGAAGAUCAAGCAAGAGUAUGAGCGGAAAGAGAAGCAAGUUCAGAUUCGCAGAAAAAUUGAGUACUCGAUGCAGCUGAAUGCUUCUCGCCUCAAGGUUCUUCAAGCUCAAGAUGAUUUGGUCAACGCCAUGAAAGAAGAUGCUUCAAAACAGCUUCUUAAAGUUAGCCAUGACCAUCACCAUUAUAAACAUCUUUUAAAGGAUCUCAUUGUUCAGGGUUUACUACGCCUGAAAGAGCCAUCUGUGCUAUUACGCUGUCGCAGAGAGGACACCCACUUGGUGGAAUCAGUCUUGGAUUCAGCAAAACAUGAGUAUGCACAGAAGGAGAAAGUUCAUGAGCCUGAGAUCAUUAUUGAUCAUGUCCACUUACCGCCUGCUCCAUCUCAUCACAAUGAACACGGCCCUUCCUGCUCUGGAGGUGUGGUUUUGGCUUCGAGGGACGGGAAGAUUGUGUUUGAGAACACUCUUGAUGCUAGACUGGAUGUUGUGUUCCGUAAAAAACUGCCAGAGAUUCGGAGGAGCCUAUUUGGCCAGGUUGCUGUCUGAUGUUUAAAGCCUCAUAUAUGUGCUCAUUUUCGAUGUGUUUUCUGAAUCAACUUUUAUCGGAUGCCUUAUUUUCUACUCAUGCGGUUAUUUCAUCUUCAUCUAUCAAUAAGGUGUGCCAUUCUCCUUCUCACCAUUUCGAAUUCUCGAAUCAUUUCUUGUAGGUGAAUUCUAUUUUACUUCUGAGCUUCUUCAAUAUGCCAUAUGCCAUAUUAUAAUCUUUCUUUGAUAUUUAUUCUUCAAUAAUAUUGCAGACCUUUAAGUGCA